AUGGGUCGUAUGCAUUCAUCUGGUAAAGGUAUUUCCUCAUCUGCUAUUCCAUACUCAAGAAACGCACCAUCAUGGUUCAAAUUGUCCAGUGACGAUGUCGUUGAACAAGUUAUCAAGUACGCAAGAAAAGGUUUGACUCCAUCAUCAAUUGGUGUCAUCUUGAGAGAUGCUCACGGUGUUUCUCAAACCAAAGUUGUCACUGGUAACAAGAUUUUAAGAAUUUUGAAAUCAAAUGGUUUGGCUCCAGAAAUUCCAGAAGAUUUGUACUUUUUGAUUAAAAAGGCUGUUUCAGUUAGAAAACAUUUGGAAAGAAACAGAAAAGAUAAAGAUUCUAAAUUCAGAUUGAUUUUGAUUGAAUCUAGAAUCCACAGAUUGGCUAGAUACUACAGAACUGUUGCUGUCUUGCCACCAAACUGGAAAUACGAAUCUGCUACUGCUUCUGCUUUGGUUGCUUAA